UAUGCCGUGCGUCUCCAAUUCACAGUAGUGUCACUCCUUAGAUGAUAAACGUUACCCCUCGGUUGAACUAAACUGACCCCUUCGCCAUCGGCAUCGGACAGUGGAAUUCGCACACACUCGCGCACACAUUUGCACCGAGAAGAGAAGCAGAAACAGGAGACUUUGGUUGUCCUCCCGACUCCCGAUCCUCCGUUCCCAAAACCCAAACCCCCCAAAACAAAAGUCAAUGCCCUGCGACAACAAAAACAACAACAACUACAACUUACCCCCUAAAUUCCCAAAACUCAAAACUCGAAAGCUAUUCCGUCAUUAAACAUUAAAAACGCUUCCCCCUCUCCCAGGACCGGGAGGCCUUUCUCCCCUGUUUGCUUCUGCCUCUGCCUCUGGUCCCAUCCCCCUUAUAUUUCACUGAUACAACAAAACAAUAAACACCCGAAACGCAAUUCCUUCACAAAACGGACCCAAUUGAAAUUGCAACUGUGUGAUCGAUCCCAUUGCAAUUUAAUACUGCCAGGAAAAGGGGGAUUUUGAUUUGAAGACGUAUAACUAUCAAUUGUUGGGUUUGUUUAUUUGAAAAAAAAAAAAUGAUCAAUACGGCCGGAAGUAAUAACAUGAUGUCGCCGUCGGCUUCAUCGGCCUCAGCAAAUAAUGCACAAUCGCCAGGUUUAAAGACGUAUUUCAAGACGCCAGAAGGGAGAUACAAGCUUCAGUACGAGAAGACUCAUCCUUCUGGUCUGCUUCACUAUGCCCAUGGGAAGACCGUAACCCAGGUAACCCUAGCUCAUCUCAAGGAUAAGCCAAUGCAGGCACCAUCACAAUUAUCGUCAAGUCUUGGAGUAAGCAGUGGUGUUAGGUCAGCUGCAGCACGGUUCUUGGGUGGAGGGAAUGGAAGUAGGGCACUUAGUUUUGUUGGAGGAAAUGGAGGCACUAAGUCAGUGAGUGGUAGUAGUAGUAAUAGAGUUGGGUCAUUGGGGGCUUCAAGUUCUAACAGUGUGAUAUCUAAUUCAAAUUUUGACGGCAAAGGCACUUACUUGGUAUUCAACGUUGGCGAUGCCAUUUUCAUAAGUGACUUAAAUUCUCAAGAUAAGGAUCCUGUAAAGUCUAUACAUUUCAGUAAUUCAAAUCCUGUUUGUCAUGCAUUUGAGCCGGAUGCAAAGGAUGGGCAUGAUUUGCUUAUUGGAUUAAAUUCUGGAGAUGUGUACUCUGUGUCUCUUCGACAACAGUUACAAGAUGUUGGCAAGAAGCUUGUCGGUGCGCAGCAUUAUAAUAAAGAUGGUUCUGUGAAUAAUACUCGUUGUGCAAGUAUUGCUUGGGUACCCAAUGGUGAUGGCACAUUUGUUGUUGCUCAUGCAGAUGGAAAUUUGUAUGUAUAUGAAAAGAGCAAAGAUGGUUCUGGGGAUCCUUCAUUCCCUAUUAUUAAGGAUCAAACCCAAUUUACUGUAGUACAUGCACGUUACAGUAAGAAUCCUAUUGCUAGAUGGCAUAUUUGUCAAGGUUCAAUAAAUAGCAUCUCCUUUUCAGCUGAUGGAGCUUAUAUUGCAACUGUAGGAAGGGAUGGUUAUCUGCGAGUAUUUGACUACAAAAAUGAACAACUUAUAUGUGGCGGGAAGAGCUAUUAUGGUGCUUUAUUAUGCUGCACUUGGAGCAUGGAUGGAAAAUACAUCUUGACUGGAGGCGAGGAUGACCUGGUUCAAGUAUGGAGUAUGGAUGAUCGGAGAGUUGUAGCAUGGGGUGAGGGACACAACUCGUGGGUCAGCGGAGUGUCAUUUGAUUCGUAUUGGUCUGCACCAAAUUCUGACGGCACUGGAGAAAAUAUUGUUUAUCGUUUUGGAUCUGUUGGUCAGGUGUUAUAUCUCCACCAUCCGGCUGAUCCAAUCUUGGAUUACUUGCAGUUUGGUGCACCUAUUUUUGGACUAAAUGAAAAAUUAUCAAACAAAUCCUUGUGUGUAAAAGGAAGUCGAGACUUCUAUGGCCAUCUGCAAGUAUCAUCUCUGAUCUCUAUGUUUCUUUACUACUCCUUUCUUGUCGCACAUCCUUCUGUGCCCUUUGAUUAGGGACCUGACUCUCCACUCCUUGCAAGUCCAUAGGUUGCCGAUCCAUGUAGCAUUGGCACAUUCACUGAAAAUCAAAGUUGCGAGGGCUUGGGAGCUUCUUGUUGACUGGGCUCCCCUCUCCAACAUAGUACUUUACUGUGAUAUUGGCAGUUAAAAUUCCAUUUGGCUGUUUAAUGGGUGAAACUUGCUACUUGUUUGCCUUGUUGUUUAGGUUUUGGUAUUAGACAAGCUAGGUUUUGGCUUGAGAUUGUCUGUGCUGAGGCUGGUCUCAUUUUAUUGGUGAGGCCUGAACAUCUCUUAAAGGUUGACCUUUUGCCGUUCAAGAUCAAGUUAAUUAAGCUCCCUCUGAUUUACCUGAGAAAAGCAUCUUAUAGGUUUGCCUUGAAGAUAAUAAUCAAUAUCUAGGAGUUAUGUUUUAAGUCAAAAGUUCAAUUUAGCCCAAGUUAUCUUCUAUUCAUAAGAGAUCUCCCAUGUUUUGUCCUCUAACUUAUUAACUGAUUCUUCUCGUAGUAUACAUAAUUGAUAUAAUCUGUUAGGGCAAAUCACGAGAAGAAAAUCAAUAUCAAACAAAAUCAACAAUAUUAGACGUCUAGGCAAAUAAAGUUGUCUUUUCUCAUUGAGUGAUGGGUCGAUUGAUCUCAGGUUGGUUUAGAGAUGUCAAGAAGAAUUUUUCUGCUAGGCCCACCACUUUAACUUUGGGUUUGGGUUUGGGUUUGGCUUAUAAACUGGGUUUUGGUUGGUCUAUUGGUGGAAUCUUCUUGGACUUUUAAGGGAAUGGACACUUCUGCUAAAGAGCAUCCUGGUUGUUUGGUCUUUGAUUGGGAUCUUUCUUCACCUUGGAAAUGUCAUUUUUAUUGUACUUUGAGUUCAUAAAAUUGAUUUUAUCAGCCAUGAACAUGUUGAGGUGGAAAAAUCUAUGCUACCUAAUAAGUACAUCAUUCAUUUUACUUCGUUACAUGCUCUUAGAAAUCAAGUUCUUUGCGAUACGCAUCAUACUCUUCACAACUUGAUGUU